CAUGGGUGAAUUACUUACUAAGGACAUCUCAUCACAGAUUUUCUGAUAGAGCAUGGAUAAACACAAUUUAACAGUGGUGACUGAAUUCAUCCUGAUGGGAAUCACUGAGAACCCUGACCUGCAGGCCCCAUUGUUUGGGUUGUUCCUCAUCAUCUAUCUGAUCUCAGUCAUUGGCAAUCUGGGGAUAAUCAUCCUAACCAAUGUAGACUCCAAACUACAGACACCAAUGUAUUUCUUUCUUAGGCAUUUGGCUUUCACUGACUUUGUUUAUUCAACAACUGUGGGACCAAAAAUGUUGGUAAACUUUGUUGUAGAUCGAAAUGCAAUUUCCUACUAUCUUUGUGCUACACAGCUAGCUUUUUUUCUUCUGUUCAUUGGUAGUGAGCUUUUUAUUUUGUCUGCAAUGUCCUAUGACCGUUAUGUGGCCAUAUGUAAACCUCUGCUCUACACUGUCAUCAUGUCACAGAGGGUAUGUUGGGUCCUAGUCACAAUGACCUAUCUUUACUGUACAUUUAUGUCCCUUGUGGUCACCAUAAAUAUUUUUUCUUUAUCCUUCUGUGGCUACAAUGUCAUCAAUCAUUUCUUUUGUGACUGUAUCCCCUUAAUAUCUUUACUUUGCUCAAACACACAAGAAGUUGAACUUAUAGUUAUGAUCUUUGCAGCUUUCGAUUUGAUUUCUUCCCUUGUAGUUGUGCUUAUGUCCUACCUUUUUAUUCUCAUAGCUGUUCUCAGGAUGAACUCUGCUGAGGGCAGACGUAAAGCUUUCUCUACCUGUGGGUCCCACCUGACAGUGGUUACAGUAUUCUAUGGGACACUGAUAUUUAUGUAUGUACAACCUGAAUCUAGUCAUUCCAUUGACACUGAUAAAAUAUCAUCUAUAUUUUAUACUCUAAUCAUCCCCUUGUUGAAUCCCAUGAUCUAUAGCCUGAGGAACAAAGAUGUAAAAGAUGCACUACAAAGAACAUGGCAAAAAAUCUUCAGCACAUUUUCUUAA